AUAUGCGAAAACAAUAGAGAUGAGUUUUCAAAGCUCUCCUGGGUUCUUCCCCCAGUGGAAAAGUGUGCGUUCAUUAUUUACUCUGCAGAUGUAGAGAGAGAAAAAAUGUGUACGCAGCCUUCCUGAAUGAAAGCCGCCUUCAUUCCGUGCGGCUGACCAAUAACUUUUCGUCUUUGUGUGAAGUUCGCCUUUUGGUUUUUUUUUUUWAUAUAUGUUGGACGCGUCAGUCUGGGCAGGCAGGGAGGGCUGGGAAGGAGUCGCACCCUCUUCAUCCCUGUCCCCUAUGCACACAGCGGCUGACUUUGGUUUGGAGGGGCUCCACAGAAUACUUCACAUGCAGUCGGGAAGGAGUUUGUGAAACCGACAAAAACAACCCCCAGACGAGGCUCGGCUAAAGACAAAAGCUCAAAAGAGGAAAAGAAGACGGAGAGAGUCGCUGGAGAUCUGAUUCCAAAACAGCCAGGAAAAAAAGGGGGGGAUUUUCACUCUUAGGAUCUACUCCAGCAUACAGAUCUUAUUCCUGAAACCAUGGCCAAUUCCGCCGAAGACUAUGGAAACUACACCUAUGAAUAUGAGGAGUACGGUGAUAUGGAAGACCUUAAAGUGGAUCACAGUCAGACGGAACCUAUCCACAUCAUCUCUAUAGUCAUCUACAUCACUUGCAUCACACUUGGCCUGAUUGGAAAUGGAGCCGUCAUUUGGGUGACGGGGUUUAAGAGCAAGAAGACUGUCAACAGCGUGUGGUUGCUCAAUCUGGCUAUAGCAGACUUUGUGUUUGUGCUUUUUCUGCCCUUCUACAUCGACUACAUUCUGAAGGACUUCCACUGGAACUUCGGUCUGACCAUGUGUAAAAUUAACUCCUUUGUUUCCGUAAUGAACAUGUAUGCUAGUGUCCUCUUUCUCACUGUGCUCAGUGUGGACAGGUAUGUCUCUCUGGUAUACCUGAACUGGUGUCAAAGGUAUCGCACAGUGGACAGAGCCUGGCUUGUUUGUGGCUGCAUUUGGCUAACGGCUGCCCUGCUGAGCUGCCACGCGCUGGUCUUUCGAGACAUUCUACACGUCAGUGGUAAGGUGUUAUGCUACACUAACUAUCACAUAACAAACCAGCACACAACAGCUGCUACAAUACACACAAUAUUAGUGUCCGUCCGUCUCACUGUGGGCUUUCUUUUGCCGCUUACCGCCAUAAGCGUGACGGGCAUACUUCUGUCAAUAAAAGUGAGACAAUCCCGGGGUUUGGUUCGCAUCUCGAGCUUCUCAAAAACAGUCACAGCUGUCAUCCUGGCCUUCUUUUUCUGCUGGGCGCCUUUCCAUAUUUUUGGCUUGAUGGAGUUGUUUGUACAUCACUCACUUACCAUGCACAGUAUUUUGAGAGCUGGCUUCCCGCUAGCAACCAGCUUAGGCUUUUUCAACAGCUGCAUUAACCCGCUGCUGUACAUGCUGCUUAGCAAGAAGGUGCGCCAUAUCCUCAAGGACGCGUGUCUGAACAUAACCAAGAGUUCCCUGAGAGAACUGAGCCAGUCCAUCUCCGCCACGGACAUAGAGACUAUGCACAGCAUACAUCAAGACAGCGUCCCAGACGAGCCAACAGUGUCAUCGACUCUGUGAGCGAAGGGUGACUAAUCACUGCUGUUCUUUCCAGCCUCAGUGUGUAGAUCUUCCCAUUUUGCUUCAUUUUCCACAAAGCUACGCCUGCUUCAAAUGAAAAUUGCUUUGAGUGGAAAAACUCAACUGAACUGCACUCAGCAUGCCAUUAAGUAAAUCCCUUUCCACCUUUUUAUCUGCACAGAAAGAGGCCAGAUUUACAGCUGCAACUGUUUAAAGGAUUUGGAGAGAAUGGCUACACAAUUAUUCUAAUUAAUCGUCUAUUCACUGCAAGCAACUGACUGCUUUUACUUUUGUAAAAGUAUCUGUAUAUUGACUUUUCACAAAAGGGAAAAUCUGGUUGCUGUUGAUUUUUUGUUGCAGAGAUCUCGAUCAAAGGUUUCUACCAUGUUUUUAAAUCUUGAUGCAUUUCUAUCUGUCUAAUUAUUGAGAAACGGAUAACAUUUAUUUUACAAGGAAUGACAUAUCAGGCAGAUUUUUAAUUGUAGUUAGUGGUGAAAGUUUAUAGUGUCUUGAAAAAGUAUUUAUAUAAACUUUUUUUGCAUUACAACCACAAACUUCAGUUAAUUGUAUUGGAUUUUUAUGUGAUAGACGAAGUGUCAACAAUGUAAAACCCAUUUCACCCCCUUAUUUCCACUGAAUACAUUUUGUCUUGACCCAGAAGAACCUAUAUGAUCAUAAAUUCAGCUUGUUUCAUCAUAGAAUGCAAUCUUACAUCUUUUUAGAUUUGAGAAUGAAAAACAAACUUUUACAAAUUGAAUGGCUUUCAUUUUCUUGAACAGAAAGUCAGGGGGGAAAAAAAUCCUGAUUUGAGACCCAAAGAGAUAUAAAAAGACUACUUUUCAAAUAAUUAUGUUUCAAAAAAUCUUGCAGAUUAGAACAAAGAAAAUGGCUAACUUCACAAUUUUUACGCCCCUAUAUUUAUAAACGGUUUUGUUUUAUAUCAUGUAAGAUAUUUAGAGUGAGGAAGAAGAGGAGGCUUAUGUUUUACAAUCAUUUAUUUAUUUUUUUUUAAUCUUUGUUUUCAUGCUCCCUGUGGGAAAGACUAGUAGAACUGUGCGUUCAUGCCGAAAUGCAGUGGAUCUAUGUGGCCUGACCACCUCCUUGCACAUUUUGUCCCCUGCAAGUCCACACCCAAUUACGUUGCGUAACACAAAAACAUAAAAUACAGCGAGUUUUGUGAAAGUAAUGCAAAAAAUUGUGUAAAAAUUCAAGGUAUAUGAUUACUUUUGCAAAGCACUUUUAUUCAGAUUUACUCUGACUGUUAGAAUUGUAUUACCUCAUCUAUUUAGACAUCUGCUGUAUGUUUAACAUUAUUACACAAAGGGCUAAAUAAAAAAAAAGUUUUAUCCAAACAUAUUUAAAGUAAAUCUUAUAUGUCUUAAUAAACAUGUUCUUCUGA